AUGACAAGUUUAUCAAGUAUAUUACCUGCUCCAAAGCAAAUAUAUAAUAAUGAAGAGCAUCCUUUGUUUGCACCUACAAAGAAGGAUAAAGAGUUGAAUGAUGACGCUAGUAAGAUUGUAAAGGAGAAGAGACCACCACCACCUGCCUACGGUGCAAGAAGAGGUUGGAAGCCAACGGCACUCGAAGACUAUGCAGAUGGUGGUGCAUAUCCUGAGAUUCAUAUCGCUCAAUAUCCGAAUGAUAUGGGUAGAAAGAAGAUCGCUGGUAAAUCUGGUAGCAGUGCCGGUUCUGGUGGCAGUUCGUCAAAGGCUAUUGUGGCGGCGGGCGGUGCUGGCUCUAACAAGUCGAUCGUACAGCUCGGUGUCGACAGUAGCGGACGUGUAAAAUACGAAGAUGUUUUGGGUAUCGAUAAGAAUAAGAUUGUCUACUCGCAGUACAACGACUUGGUGCCAAAGGAGUUUGGACAGACCGAGCUGGAGAGACCGAACGAAGAGGAGGUACAGGAGAUCACCAAUGAAACCAAAGCUGUUUUGGACAGGUUGGUCGGUGGAAAGAUCGGUGUUGCACAGCAAAAGUCAUACGUAGACAAGCAGGCACCGGUAUCCUAUGUAAAAUACACACCGUCGCAGCAGGGUGGCGGACAUAACUCUGGUGCUGGCUCACGUGUCAUUAGAAUGGUGGAGGUGGCCAAGGAUCCUUUGGAACCACCAAAGUUUAAGAUCAAGAAGAAUAUCAGAAGAGCACCGUCGCCACCUGCGCCAGUGAUGCACUCACCACCGAAAAAGUUAACCGUUCAGGAGCAACAGGAAUGGAAGAUUCCACCGUGCAUCUCCAAUUGGAAGAAUCCAAAGGGUUAUGCUAUCGAGUUGGAUAAGCGUUUGGCUGCCGACGGUAGAGGACUACAAAAGACAGAGAUCAACGAUAAGUUUGCACAUUUCUCACAGGCUUUCUAUAUUGCUGAGCAGAAUGCUCGUGAGGAGGUGGCUGCACGUGCAGAGUUGGAAAUUAAAUUGGCACAGAAAGAAAAAGAAAAGAAACAAGAGAUGCUUAGAAAGAUUGCAGAGAACGUUAGAAAUGAGCGUGCUGGCUAUCGUAAUGAAGAAGAAGAGAGCGAUAAGGAAGAAGAUAACAGCAGUAGCAGUAGCAGCGAGAGUGAGAGUGAAAGAGAAAGAGAAAGAGAUAAUCAUGACAAUGAUAGAUACCGUAAGAGAUCAAUUUCACCAAAGAGAUCAUUUGAAAAGGAACGUGAUUAUAGAAGAAGAGAUAGUAGAAGUAGAUCAAGAAGCAGAAGUAGAAAUAGAAAUAGAAGUAGAUCUAGAAGUAGAAGUAAUGAUAGAUAUAACAAUAGUAGCAGCAGCAGCAGUAGUAGAAGAGAUCGUAGAGAUAGAACACCAAGCAGAGAAAGGGAUAGAAAUAGAAAUGAUAGAAUCAACAAUGACAGAAACAACGAUAGAAAUAGAGAUAGAAAUAAUAAUAACAACAAUAGAGGUAGUGAUAGUGAUGACGAAAGAAAAGAAAGAGAUAGAAUUAGAUUGGAAAAGAAGAGAGAACGUGAGAGAGAAUACAGAAUGGAAGCAGCAGGAAAGAAAUCAAAGAUGAACAGAGAUGGUGAUCGUGAUAUCAGUGAGAAGAUUGCACUUGGACAGGUUCAAGCAACCAGAAGCGAAGAUUCGAUAUUCGAUCAACGUCUAUUCAAUCAGAGUGAGAACAUGUCGAGUGGUUUCAAUGGUGGUGAUGAUGAGUCUUACAACGUCUACUCGAAACCAUUGUUUGGAGACAAAGUAUCAAACUCCAUCUAUAGACCUCGUGUCAGCCAAGAGGACAACGAGUCGGUGGAGAAUGUUUUAUCAACCAGCAGAUUCAAACCACAAAAAGAAUUCAGUGGAGCUGAUCGCACCAAAGAAAGAUCUGGUCCAGUUAUGUUUGAAAAAGAAAAGAAAUCUGAUCCAUUUGGUAUGGAUGAGUUUAUGUCACAAGCUAAAAAGAAAUAA